GCUGUUACCUCGCUCGCGUUGAUGCAGUAUUUGAUGAGUUUGAACAGAGGAAACUAGUCUCGGGGUAACGUGCAACAAGAGAGUAGGUAAAGGUCGACGUCGCUGAUCCAUUGAGAUAAGCAGGACAACGUAGCCGAACUUUUACCCAUUUUUAUAAUUGAAAAUAAAAGGGACGGGUUUUGAGAGAGUUGAACAUUGUCAUCCCAAACACUGCCACGAAGACAUCCAAAAUGAAUCGGCUGCAAACAAUUACCGGCCAUUUAGCUGUUCCACAGCUGCAUACGACACAAGCGAAGAUUGCCCAGAGAGAGACAGCUGCGCUGGGGGGAGCAAGUGGAGCGAUGGGUUCGCUGAGGAUUCCAGCCCGUGCUCCCAGGGAGGACGACGUGGUGGUGGUUUGGGCCAAACGGACGCCUAUCGGUAAAGCCAAGCGGGGCUCUUUCAAGGAUACUAAGGCUGAUGAACUUUUGACAGCUGUAUUCAAGGCUGCCAUAGAGGAAACACACAUUGCUCCUACAGACAUUGGAGACAUUGUGGUUGGAAAUUGUCUUGCUCCUGGAGGCGGGCAAGUCCUGGCCAGGAUUGGUCAGCUUCUCAGUGGAAUUCCUUCAGCAGUACCCCUCAACACAGUCAACCGUCAGUGUGCCUCUGGUCUCCAGGCUUUCAUGAAUAUUGCAGGAGGCAUUAAGAAUGGAGUAUACGAUAUUGGAAUCGCCUCUGGAGUUGAGUCAAUGUCCAGAAUGGAGCAAUCUGGAGCAGCCAAGGACCUUAACCCUAAACUGUUUGACUAUGCUGAGGCAAGGGACUGCCUUAUUCCUAUGGGAAUAACUUCAGAAAAUGUGGCUGAGCAGUUUGGAAUCACUCGGGAACAACAGGACCAGAUGGGCUAUGACUCACAAAUGAAGGCAGCACGAGCCAAGGCUCAAGGCUUGUUCAAGGAUGAGAUCUUGCCAGUCACAACAAAGGUUGAAGACAACGAUGGGAAUGAAAGAGAAAUAACGGUGACUGAAGAUGAUGGCAUCCGUCCACAGACUACAUUGGCAGGACUUGCCAAAUUGAGACCUGCAUUUAAGAAAGGUGGCACAACAACAGCAGGGAAUUCCAGUCAGGUUAGUGAUGGAGCUGCAGCGAUACUAGUUGCAAAGCGUUCUACAGCUGAGAGAGCUGGACUACCAAUCCUUGGCUGGCUGGUGUCAUUUGCCGUUGUAGGUGUACCACCAGCUGUGAUGGGAAUUGGACCUGCCUAUGCCAUACCAGAGGCAUUGAAGAAAGCUGGUCUGUCAGUGGAUGACAUUGAUGUCUUUGAGAUCAAUGAGGCAUUUGCCAGUCAGGCUACUUACUGUGUGAAGAAGUUGGGUAUUCCCAUGGAAAAGGUCAAUCCCCUGGGAGGAGCCAUAGCCCUAGGACAUCCCUUGGGGUGUACAGGCGCACGCCAGGUGGCAACACUUCUCCAUGAACUCAAACGCAGGGGCAGACGAGCGUAUGGUGUUGUGUCUAUGUGUGUUGGCACUGGUAUGGGGGCAGCUGCUGUUUUCUAUCACCCAGGCCCACAGUAAUCCAUGGGUAACAGUACAAGUCUAGUGAAGGAAACUACAGCAAGCCAUAGCUAAAUGCAGAAGUGCUGUUUUUAUGCACUAAUAAAAUGUACGGAAAAGAAAAACAACAAAAAAGGUAAUUUCCUUUGAUUGCAUGGACAAUUUUGUAAGUUGGUAUUUUCUUUCCAAUUAGUCUGAAAUGUUUUCAUUUACAAUUCAAUGUACUUGUGCUUUGUAUACAUGUACAUGUAUGGUUGUUAUUGUGGGCACCCAAAGCAGUGUGACAACUCAAAAGUCCUGUUGGUUUUCUAACAGUAUGAUGCUCGGUAGUUGCCAGUGAUAGAGAGAUGAUUAAUUGCAGUAUGCUGCCUUGAUUUGAAUCAAUUCAGACUUACAUUGCUCUUCCCAAGUCAGCCAUCCCACAUACACGGUCGUUGCGCUCGGCCACUCACAUAUAACGCCCUCAUUUUAUAGCUUUUCCAUGACAGCGUCGAUGGUGUCAGUGUCCAAGAUUGUACAUGUGUCACCAGUCAGUAAGUCCAACUUGACUGAUAAGCCAAUCAGACCUGUCAUCGAUGGUACAUGUAUGUAGUUAUUCAAAAUUGCAUAUGAAUGACAUGAUGUUGCAUAAUGUGUACGGAAUUUCCACCAAUCAAAGUAGGUCAGACUUGGCAUUUCCACCAAUCAAAGUACCGGUAGCUCAGACUUGGCAUUUCCGCCAAUCAAAGUAGGUCAGACUUGGCAUUUCCACCAAUCAAAGUAGGUCAGACUUGGCAUUUCCACCAAUCAAAGUAGGUCAGACUUGGCAUUUCCACCAAUCAAAGUAGGUCAGACUUGGCAUUUCCACCAAAG